GCAAAAAAAUUAUAAAGAUAUUUUCUAAAAUAUUUUUAGUAUGUGAAUUCUUUAAAAAAAUCAAUACAAUAAUAAUAAACAUAUUUGAUAAAUAAAUUUUUUUGUCAUAUAUAAAUAAUUUGAUAUCUAAAUUAAAUUUUUAAGAACAUAAAUAAUAAUUUAUUAUGUUGGAUUUUUAAAUUUAAUUAAAUAUGAAAUAAUAAGUAUUCAUGAAAAAAUUAUGGCCGUAUGUGGGGGAAAUCACCUUGUUUAUUUAGUGAAAGUGAUAGUAGAAAUGACAUGUUUCAAAAUAACUUUACAAAUAAUAAGGAGGGGAUUACAAGACUGACAUUGACACUGGGCCCUGCUUCUUGAUAUUAAGCUAGAAUGAGAAUCACGUUGUCCAUUGACCCGUAACCAUUCAUUUGAGUAAUAAAAAAAGUCUCCCCGGACACGCCUAUAUCUUCUGCAUAACCCACGUUAUCAAUCAACCACUUUAUAAGUAUAACCAGGGUCUGAGUGAAUGUAAUGUUGCUUUGGAAACUCCGAUCUUGAGAUCAAAUCUACAUUCCGCCCCAAAAAAAAGAAGGAAACAAAAGAAUAAAAAAUGAGAGUGGCGGUGAUCGGAGGUGGAGUUUGUGGAUUAGGAAGUGCCUACGUUCUUGCAAGAGAAGAUGGAAUCGAGGAGGUGGUGUUGUUCGAGAAGGAGGAGUCCGUUUUAGGAGGCCAUGCUAAAACGAUGCGUCUCGAUGGCGUUGAUUUAGACGUUGGAUUCAUAGUCUGCAACCCUGUUACGCAUCCGAACAUGAUGGAGUUCUUCAAGAACUUAGGAGUAAAGAUGGAGGUUUCAGACAUGUCUUUCUCAGUGAGCCUCGACAAUGGCAGAGGUUGCGAAUGGGGAAGCCGCAACGGACUUUCAAGCUUGUUUGCUCAGAAGAGAAACAUUUUCAACCCCUAUUUCUGGCAAAUGAUUACAGAGUUUUAUAAGUUUAAUAAAGACGCACUAAAAUAUAUCGAAGAGAUGGAGCGUAACCCUGAUACCGAUCGAAACGAAACCUUAGGAGAGUUUCUCAAGUCUCAUGGAUACUCUGCCUUGUUUCAAAAGGCUUACUUGGUACCGGCGUGUAGAUCCAUAUGGCCAUGCCCACCAGAUAGCAUCCUUAACUUUUCGGCUUACUCUGUUCUUUCCUUUUGCCGCAACCACCAUUUACUUCAGAUCUUUGAGAGGCCACAAUGGCUGACUGUUGCAGGUCGUUCGGAGACUUAUGCCGCAAAGGUUAGGGCAGAACUGGAGAGACGAGGAUGCAAGAUUCGAAUGAAUUGCAAUGUACAAUCUGUUUCAACAUCUGAGGAUGGUUGCAUCUUAGUAACAACUGAAGAUGGAUCUCAGGAAGUAUUCGAUAGGUGUAUAUUAGCUGUGAACGCACCAGAUGCUCUGAGAUUGCUUGGAGAAGACGCCACCUCUGAUGAAGCCAGGGUUCUUGGUGCGUUCCAUUACGCUUACAGUGAUAUAUAUCUCCACCGUGACACUGAUCUGAUGCCACGGAAUCGUGUUGCAUGGAGCGCUUGGAAUUUCCUAACAAGUUCUGGAAAUAAAGCGAGCCUCACAUAUUGGCUCAAUAUAAUUCAGAAUCUUGGAGAGGAACAUGAUCCAUUCUUUCUUACCUUUAAUCCUGAGGUUACCCCAAAGAUGACAUUGUUUAAGUGGACCAGUGGUCAUCCUCUGCCUUCUGUUUCUGCUUGGAAAGCUUCACAAGAGCUAAACAACAUUCAAGGGAAGCGCGGUCUAGAUUGUCUAUGGUUACCGUUUAAAGAAAACUUUACCCGUUCUACCUUCUUCUUAGAAUGUCUUAUGGAUCUACACGUACACAAAACAGUAUUAGAAAUUGUGAACUUUUGGUAUUUGUCCACAAUGUGUGGCUAUGGUUGUCAUGAAGAUGAGAUAAAGGCUGGUAUGGCAGCUGCACAAAGUCUGUUAGGGAAAGAGAUGGUUUCUCCUCCGAGCAACCCAAAACAUAUGGCCCCAUCUAUAACCGAAAAAGGGGCUCGGUUUUUAUUUACUAGGUUCUUGAGACAUUUCAUAUCAACCGGUUGCUUAACAGUAGAUGAAGAAGGAGGAACAAUGUUCACUUUCAAAGGAAACGAUUUGAGAUGUAACUUAGAAUCUGUCAUAAAGAUUCACAGUCCUCAUUUUUACUGGAAGGUUAUGACACAAGCAGAUUUAGGACUUGCCGAUGCUUAUAUAAAUGGAGAUUUUUCGUUUGCCGAUAAAGAUUCAGGACUUCUGAAUUUGAUCAUGAUUCUCAUUGCUAACAAAGAAUUGAACUCAAAGAACUUAAAACUUUCUAAGAAAAGGGGUUGGUGGACACCGAUGUUUAUGACUGCUGGUUUAACAUCUGCAACACAGUUCCUAAAGAAUUUCUCUAGGCAGAACACUUUAACUAAAGCACGAAGGAACAUUUCACGUCACUAUGACCUUAGCAAUGAGCUUUUUGCUCUAUUCUUGGAUGAUACCAUGAGUUAUUCCACUGCGGUAUUCAAGUCAGACGAUGAGGAUCUGAAAACUGCACAGAUGAGGAAAAUAAACCUUUUAAUUGAUAAGGCUAGAAUAGAAAAGAACCAUGAGGUUUUAGAGAUUGGAUGUGGAUGGGGAACUUUGGCCAUUGAAGUUGUGAAAAAAACUGGAUGUAAAUACACUGGUAUUACACUAUCUAUCGAACAGCUUAAAUAUGCAGAAGAAAAGGUUAAAGAAGCUGGACUUCAGGAUCGGAUUACAUUUGAGCUUUGCGAUUAUCGUCAACUAUCUGAUGCUAGAAAAUAUGACAGAAUCAUAUCUUGUGAGAUGAUAGAACAUGUUGGCCACGAGUUUAUGGAUACAUUCUUCAGUCACUGUGAAGCUGCGCUUGCAGAAGACGGCAUCUUUGUCUUGCAGUUCAUAUCGAUACCCGAAGAGCGUUACAAUGAGUACAGACUAAACUCGGAUUUCAUAAAAGAAUACAUAUUCCCCGGUGGAUGCCUUCCUUCCUUAGCCAGAGUUAUUUCUGCCAUGGCCUCUUCUUCUCGGUUGAGCGUAGAAAAUGUUGAGAACAUUGGGAUUCAUUACUACCAAACAUUGAGAUGCUGGAGGAAGAACUUCUUGGAAAAUCAAAAACAAAUCAUGGAUCUUGGAUUCGAUGAUAAGUUCAUAAGGACGUGGGAAUAUUAUUUCGACUAUUGUGCAGCUGGUUUCAAGACUCUUACUCUUGAAGACUACCAGGUAGUGUUCUCACGUCCGGGGAAUGUAGCUGCAUUUGGAGAUCCAUUCCAUAGCUUCCCUUAUGCUCAUGGAUAAAUAAAUGUUGAAGAAUCCUUUCAACACUUUUUAAGUACCACUCUCAUUUCUUGUCUUGUUUUCUUAUUCAAAAUUUGCAUGUGAGACAUCUGUAAACUUUAAAACAGAAACCUGCGUUCAUGAUUGAUUCUGCAUUCUGUACCAAUAAUCUCGUAUGUCUAGACCAUAUAUCAACUUAUUCUACAUCAAAAAAAUCAUAUAACCGCCUCAAAUAAUGUGGUUUGAUUCCUUACUCAAGCUGUUAUGGACUGAUUCACUUUCCUAUGACCUUGAAAAAAAACUAUUAUACAACAUUAGGCUGCUAAUACAUGAUCUUUAGUAAGAACAGUCUUGGCCUCUUGGUGAUAGCCUGAUAGGUUUCUUCCUUUUUAUUAUGGCCACUUUUAAGAAUCCAUAUUGCAAGUGAUAUCUUCAGAAUUUACAAAAUAGAACAUUGAACUUUUAGUCAAAUCAUAGCUACAUGUUAUUUUCACUAAUAUACAUUUUCCUAAAUUCCAGAAUUUCAGAAAACCUAUAAAAUUAUGCAGUCCCAAAAUUGUGCCACCGCACUCGUUAAUCUUUUUUAUAUGUCUUUGACAAGUGAUAAUUCUUUUUUAUACUGUCUUUGACAGGCGAUAGCAAGAUAUUACAUGAUUUGGUAAGACCGUAACUACUGAUUUGAUAAUCACCUCCUUCCUCCCUUUGGUAAAGAACUUAAAUGUCCAUCAAUGUUGUUUAAACGAUCAUGUAUAAAACCCAAAACCCGUAUUUUCAAUCCUCUCAGACUCUCUGAUAUUUCCAAAUACGAUAAGACCGUAACUAGUGAUUUGAUAAUUACCUCCUUCCCCUCUUUGGUAAAGAAAUUAAAUGUCCAUUCAUUAACUAUGUUGUUUAAACGAUCAUGUAUAAAACCCAAAACCCGUAUUUUCAUUCAUUCCAGACUCUCUGAUAUUUCCAAAUACGAUCCAAUCCCCCCUACAUUAUGUAUUCCUAUAUUAUCCCGCAGAUCCUGCCGAGUGGACUCCUCAAUCUUAUAUCCAAAUUGAAUGGAAGAUUUCUGGAAGAUUAUCAACUGACCCGACAAUGCCUCAUAUUCCUUUAAGAUCCUUGAAAUAGUUUUGACACUCAUGCCUUAAAAAAAAAUAAGCUAUCGUCUGCAAAGAGUAGGUGAGAUAUCAGAGGAUAGGACCUAGCCACUUUCAUUUCCAUUAGUUGCUUCUCUCUCUUCGCAUUUUUAAUAUCUAUGAUUAAAGCUUCCGUGCACAUGAUAAAUCUUACUAAAAUUUAGGGAGAAGACUUCUCAAGAAAAUUUAGUCAAAUUCACAAAAGUCAAACAUUACAUAAGUUCAAACAUAUAACUUUUCACUAAAAGUCUUCCGGUAAGUCUUCGAAGACUUCUCGGGUAGACUUAAAUUUUAAGUAGAAAAUUUUAAGCGGAAAAUUAAAAUAUAAGCAGAAAUUUAAGCGAAUAAUUAAAAUUUAAGCGGAAAACUUAAAUUUAAUUGAAAAUUUAAAUUUUAAAUUUCGUGAAAGUUAAAAGUAUAUCUUAUGAUUUAAGAAGACACAUUAAAUAACAUGACUUGAUAUUCUUGAAGAUACUUAACACUUUUAAAAGUUAAACACAUAUUUUGAAGUUGAAAAUACAAGUUUUACAAAAACUAACCUAGAUGACUUUUGGGGAAGUCAUCUCUCAUUAGCUAGAAACAUUAAUAAACAUGAAUGCUGGUAACAUCAUAAUUAUCUCCAGUUAAGUUAUGAAUUUCAUUCAGUAGUCUCAAUAUUGACUAAUAUACAUGAAUUAAUGAAAUAUACACACUCGUUCUUGACCAAGAAUUAUGAACUUGAGUAACUCUAAUAAGCUUAUAAAUUUUGAAAUAAAAAAAUUUAGGAUUUUUGGAUGAAAUAAGAGAGGAAAUGAAAGAGAAAUGGUUUGUGUGCGUAAAAAAUAAAAAUAUGAAGAUGUAGAUAUUGAUUUUAGGCGCAUUUAUAGUUUAAAAUUGGUUGUUCAUGGUGGUUGGUAUAUUGAAGAUAAUGGUAAUGUUGUAAAUAAAAGAGGAAGAUCAUGAUGAUUGAGUAAAACAAAAAUUUUCAAAAGAAAAAAAGAAAAGAAAAAAAGAAAAGAAAAAAAAAUAUUGACAUUUUCAUUAAUAAUUCAAAUUUAUGGAGUGAAUAUGAAAAAUGAAAGUUCAAAAAAAUUAUUGGUUAAUUUUACAUUUGACUUUUUAUUUAGAGUUGUUUUUGCAAAAACCCCCUUAUAUAUAAAAAUCAUUUUAGACUAAUAACUUAACAUACAUUAUUUUAAAGACAUAAAAUUGUAUUUAUUUAAAUUAAAAAUAAAUAAUAUAUAAUAUGUUUUCAGAACAUUUUGAAAUUAGUGACUAUGAAAUACUUUUAUACAAGAUUGAAAUUAUUAACAUAUCUUAAAUUUUAGAUCGACAAUUAUGAUGACAAAAAGAAAAGAUCAACAAUUAUAUAUUAUCUAAAUAGUAAAUUUUAAAAUAUAAAUUUUGAUAAAAAUAGUCUCUCACUUUCGAAGCAUAUAUCAGAAUCAAGUUAUGCUUAAUUUAAAUUAUUAUUGUAACAAUAUUUGUUAAAAUUAGGUAGACCAACCAUUAACACAUCACCAUAUGAGCAGGCGACGUUGACAAAUGUAAGAUAGAUGAUCUUGUCUUUUUGGUCAAGGAUUCGACUAAUCUUGUUUGAUAGUCGAAAAAAAUUUGAAUUAACCAAACAAAAUAAUUGAAUACUGAACGAACCAAACAAAAUAAUAAUAAUUAAAUUUUACCAAAAUAAUAAUAAUAAUUAAAUAUUGAACGAACCAUCUGGACAUUACACAGUAUUGACUUGUCAUAUAUCCAUGCAAAUUUUUUAAAUACUUUUUAAAAACCAAUUGGUUGUGUGCGAAGAUCAAGCAUAACUAUCCCGGAUUAUGUGGCCAUGCUUCUUGACAUUAAGCUUUAGAAUGAGAAUCACGUUAUCUAUCUGUAAUCAUUAAUGUGAGUCAAAUAUAAGUCUCUCCUAACUCGCCUUUACCUUCUGCCUAAUCACAUUAUAAGUAUAAGCAGGGUAUGAGCGAAUGUAUUUCCACAAGUCCCAUCUUGAGAUCAAAUCUACUUUGUGCCAGGAAAAGAAGACUAAGGAAAUAAAAGGAUUAAAAUGAAAGUGGCGGUGAUCGGAGGUGGAGUAAGUGGGUUAGGAAGUGCCCACGAUCUUGCAAGGGAAGAUGGAAUCAAGGAGGUGGUGUUGUUUGAAAAGGAGGAAUCGUUUUUUGGAGGCCAUGGUAAAACGAUGCGUUUUGAAGGAGUUGAUUUAGACAUUGGAUUCAUAGUCUUCAACCCUGUACGUACGCUUGCAGUUAUCUUUUUCUAGAAUUAUUAAUUAAAUAACCAUCCUAGUUUUAUAAAUGGAAACCGUGAUUUUAAGCAAUACUACAUACAGUAUCAUUUUGCAUAAUAACUACAUACAGUAUCAUUUUGCA